CAUUCCAUAUCCCAUAGAGAGAGAGAGAGAGAGAGAGAGAGAGAGAGAGAGGGUGGAACCGAUGGCUACAGUGGAGAAGGAGGAGAAGCAAAUGGAGAAGGAAGAUUUCGUAUAUGUGGAGCAAACUAAAGGCGUCAAUGGCCUCGACAAGGUGAUUCUCCGAGAGGUCCGCGACUUUUCAGCUGAGGUAUACUUGUAUGGAGGUCAUGUAACAUCAUGGAAGAAUGAACAUGGGGAAGAACUGCUCUUCGUCAGCAACAAGGCUAUAUUUAAGCCUCCAAAAGCAAUCCGGGGAGGUAUCCCGAUCUGUUUUCCUCAAUUUGGUCCACACGGUACUCUUGAACAACAUGGAUUUGCAAGGAACAGAGUCUGGAGCAUUGAUAAUGAUGCCCCGCCCUUUUCAACAAAUAGCACCGACAAGGCUUUUAUCGACCUAAUUUUGAAGCCUUCUGACGAAGAUAUGAAGCUCUGGCCACACAAAUAUGAGUUUCGUCUAAGGAUAACUCUGGCACCUGGAGGAGACUUAAAGUUGACAUCUCGCAUCCGAAAUAUGAAUACUGAUGGGAAGCCAUUCACAUUCACAUUUGCCUAUCAUACCUAUUUUGCUGUCACUGACAUCAGUGAAGUGCGGGUGGAAGGACUAGAGACGCAUGACUACCUCGAUAACCUAAGGAAUAGGGAGCGGUUCACUGAACAAGGAGAUGCUAUAACAUUUGAAUCAGAGGUGGACAAAGUAUACCUCAGUACACCAACGAAGAUAGCCAUUUUGGAUCACGAGCGGAAGAGAACAUUUGUUUUGCGAAAAGAUGGACUUCCAGAUGCUGUGGUGUGGAAUCCCUGGGACAAGAAAGCGAAAGCGAUGGCUGAUUUCGGGGAUGAAGAAUACAAACAUAUGUUGUGUGUUGAGGCCGCAUGCAUAGAAAAGCCCAUUACUUUGAAACCUGGUGAAGAGUGGAGAGGCAGGCAGGAGCUUUCUGCUGUUCCUUCCAGUUAUUGUAGCGGACAGCUGGACCCCGAGACGGUACUGCAAUCUGGUUAAGGACUGGGUUAAUAUGGAUCCAUCAAUUAUACAGGUUUACUAUUUGCAUCUGGGGAUGAGGUUUGCUGACAAAGCCAAUCUGUUUUUCAAUAGAUGGCGGAUUGAUCAGUCCAUAAUUGUUUCUAAGUAGAAUUUAUCGAAGAACCACUCUCAAAUUCCACAUACAGUAUGAACAAGGCCAUGAAAAGCAAUAGGGAAUAACCUGGUCGGGUUAAUACCUUUGUAUGAUUGUUGUUAUUAUUAUUAUUAUUAUUCGGAAGGGCUGAAGAGGAGGAGAGAGAGUAUUACUAUUUCCCUCUUUCCUUUGCUUGUUGGCUCCAUUGGAAGCCGUGAUUGAUGAUGAACUCUCCUGCCAGUGCCUGCGCAGAGAUUAUACAUAUGCUCUUGCGGUGGAAUGUCCUGCAUUUUUUUCCUUAUAUUCUGCUACCUUGUUGGUUCUACAUGAAAGUCCUCCGAACUCAAAUGAAGUUGAAUGAUAUCUUUGAUAAAUUUGCGUUGCGUUUU